GACUCCUGUUCUUGUCUAACUUUUUAUCCUAUAUCAUCUUCUUUGGUUUCCUCCUAACUCCUCUCUACUCCUUUACGCUUUCCUUCUCUCUUAACCCUAAUCUUCAUCGCCUCCAAUCGUAUCCACCGCCGUUUCAGAUCUCUAUCGCCGCCGAUCAGGACCGAUGUCUUUUACACGUCACUUUCGCUCAGAAGGGGGCACUACUCGCGAUGAGUAUUGGCCGUCAUUCAGUAGAAGCAACUCCAAAAGCUUCAAUAGCAAUGCCAGACACAACAACAAGACCAACUACAAUAACAACUGGAACAUGAGCAGGAACAAUAACUUUGUUAGGAAUCAUUACGAUUUUCAGUAUUACAUGGGAAAUUAUAGAGAGCAUGUCGAUAAUUCUAAUCAUUUCAAGCCAGACGGUGCACCAUCCUAUAAAAGGAGAAAAUUUUCAGCUUCUACUUGGGGUGAUGGUGGGAGACAUUAUCUGCCACCAAACACGUAUGAUUUCACUCCUUCAACCUGCAAUAAUUAUGUCCCUCCUACAAGAUCCAAUGGCAUUGCCUCUGCGUCUACCUCUUGUAAACGUGACCGCUCAAAAUUAGAAGAGGAUGAAGUUGCCUUUAUGUCAAGGGAUGAGAUUGAGAGAUACUCCCCAUCUAGGAAAGAUGGUAUAGAUGCAGCACGUGAGGCACAUUUGCGAUACUCAUAUUGUUCGUACCUUCAGGAUCUUGGUUUGCGGCUGGACUUGCCACAGACCACGAUUGCUACUGCAAUGGUUCUCUGCCACCGUUUUUUUGCUCGGCGAUCACAUGCUUGCCAUGACAGAUUUUUGAUUGCCACUGCUGUUCUCUUUCUUGCUGCAAAGUCUGAGGAGACACCUCGCCCUUUGAAUAACGUAGUGAGGGCAUCUUGUGAGAUUUUCCAUAAGCAGGAUAUCAGUCUCUUGUCCUAUAUACUCCCUGUUGACUGGUUUGAGCAGUAUCGGGAACGGGUGACUGAGGCUGAGCAUAUGAUACUGGCUACUCUAAAUUUUGAACUGAAUGUGCAGCAUCCAUAUGCUCCUCUUACCUCAAUACUUGAUAAAUUAGGGCUCUCACAAACUGUUUUGGUGAAUCUGGCCUUAAGCUUGGUCAGUGAAGGGAUCUACACAAGAUUAGCGUGAUCGCCUGUAUGAUAUUCUUAGCGGGCGGAUUGAUAUGCUGUUCAUGGAAUCUUUUGUUUUGCUUCUGAUGUUGAACUGCUGAUAUGAAUUUUCCAUAUUAUGCCCCACCAACUUCCUCACUGGCUAUAGAAUAUAUCCACAGAACCCCCAUAGCCAUAUUUCACCAUCUUAUUUCAACAUUGUGGUGGAUUUUGCUCAGAAAGGUGUCCUCUGAAGUCCUGCUUACAAACAUACAGUUUGUUUGUCAUGGCUUUUGUCUGAUUGGUUUUCAGGGAAACCACUGACGUGGCAAGGGUCUAUAUCUGUGUUUGGUAGCCCUUCCUACCCAUGCAUUUUGUGGACACCAACAUUUUUUUGACCGCUAACAUUGGAAAGGAGAGAGGUUGUGGGUUGGGGGGGGGGGGGGGUGUUUGUUUGGCCAGAUAUCUAGGUGUUGGUUUUGUUCAACAGAGGCCAGGCUAAGUUGAUUUCAGCUACAUGGGGUUUUGAAGGUUUUGAUUUAGUUUCAUUUCUAAUCGGAUUGUGCACUGGUGUGCACCACACAUUGUCUUACUCUUCUCCAACCAAAAUCUUUGAUAUUAGUUUAAACCUUGGCCUAAGGUUGCAGAUUGUUGUGAAAGUGUUGCCGAUGAUGCAUGUUUGUCAGGAACAUGCAUGGGUUUCUGCCUGAUUGGAUUCUGUUAUAAAUUUUGGUUGGGUAUUCUCCUCUCCAGUACAGAAUGGAAUAGCAGACCUUAUAUUUGGUAUAAUGCCAGUAAUCUGCUCCCAUGCCCAAAAGAAAAGAAGAAUAAUGCAGUACAUGAGAAAUGACUCAAAUGAGAAAUUUGUUAAAGUGUAUUCAACACUUGUCCUGGUUAGUCACCUUAGAAAUUCAUCUUGUCCGCCAAUAUUGGUAAAAAGAAGAAGACAUAUUUUUGUAUAUGAUUGCCAUAUCACAUGUAUUUGGCUUAUCUUAUAUUUCUCAGGUUGUGCUUUUCGGAUCUAGACCCUGCCCAAUCAUUUAUCAGGGUCAGACCUUGAUUGGGAACUAUUUGGUACUAUAUAUGUGUUGUCAGUUUGACAGUGUAGUCUCCAUAUCAUUUAUCUGGGUCAGGACCUUUACUGGGAACUAUUUGCUACCAUAUACGUGUUAUCAGUCUUGACUGCCUAGUCUUCCUGUAAGUGGAUAUGUAGAAGCUCUGAAUUGAUUGAGUUCAUUCGCAUUGUUAGUGUGAAAUAUUUUUUUGCCUAAAAACUUAUGAUACUUCUGUUUCAAACAUUUUUCAGCAACAAUUUCUUCUAGUUAUUGUUUUUCGAAAGAAAACAGUUUUUGAGGGUGGGUUUUGUUUGAUUCUUUUUGUUUAAAAUUCUCUUUUCCUAAAAAUGUUUGUAUUUCAAGCCUAUUUUCAUAUAUUACUUUCCCUUUCACUAUGGAACAUUAUCUCUUCUGUGAAAGAACUCUCGUUUCACACUGAAGCACACAACUGUAAAUAUGUAUAUUUAAAAUUUAAAAGGUUCUAUAUUCCUAUCAAGUGUACUAUCUUAGAUGAUUAAAUAUUAAUGGCGUGUAUACCAGAAAAAGUGAAGGUGCUGUUUUUGAAGAUUUAAUGCAUUAUCCACCUCAUCCCUCCAUCUACUUGUUGCAUUAUCUAGUGUUGUCUCGAAUCUUUUUGACAGAUAUAGACUUGUUGAUACAUAUUUUUUUUUAUAUCACUCCAUUCAAAUGGAGCCUUCAUUGUUCCUACUUGAGCCCUGAAAUCUCUGUAUUUUCGUUUUCCAUUUUUUCAAUUAUUUAUUCUGAAAACUUUGUUUUGUUACUAUUUACUAAAUGAUGAAAAUGAAUUCACAAUGAGUUCAGUGGAAAGCUGUUUGAAACACAACCCUAAUAUAUGUAUAUUUAAGAUUUAAAAGGCCUAUCAAGUGUACUCUCUUAAAUAAUUAAAUAUUAAUGGCAUAUAUACCAGAAAAAGGGGAGGUGCUGUUUUUGAAGUUUUAAUGCAUUAGCCACCUCAUCCCUCCAUCUACUUGUUGCAUUAUCUAGUAUUGUCCCGAAUCUUUGUGACACAUAGACUUGUUGAUACAUAUUUGUUUUUAUAUAGCUCCAUUCAAAUGGAGCCUUCAUUGUACCUACUUCAGCCUUGAAAUCUCUGUAUUUUUGUUUUCCAUUUUUUUCAAUUAUUUAUUCUGACAACUUUGUUUUGUUACUAUUAACUAAAUGAUGAAAAUGAAUUCACAACGAGUUCAGAGGAAAGCUAUUGAAAAUGCAAUGAACAUUCUUAAAUUUUGACAAUUUUCCUUUUAGAACAAAUUGACCACUUUGCCGCGUUUAAAUUUACAGCCAUUAUUAAAAUCAUACUGUUUUAGGAUAUAUUGCUAUUCAAAGAAGUUCUCAGCAAAGGCUUGAUUUUACUUUUUGAUGUAAGAAAAAUAUGUAUACUUUAUACACACUGAUAUAUAUGAGCCAGAACAACAUAUAAAUCACUCUUCAGCUUCAUCUCAUGCCUGCCACAUGGCUUUAGUCCAUGAGUCUCGUUGGGAACAUAGUCGGGGGUUUUGUGCAUGCUCAGUGAGCAUAGGUGCACAUGUUUGACAAGUCUGUCGAGAGCCAGCCAUAGCAGAAGAUUGUGGAUUUGCUUUGAGAAGUUUGAGUGUUUGCAAUGCACUUCUGCAUCCUGUUUGCUUUCUCAUAUAAAUUGUGUGUAUGAGUAAAAUAGCCAUGAAGCAGUUGUGCCUGGGAGUUUGAUGUGUCCUCUAGAUGGGUAUAACAUGUUUGCUAUAGUUAUGGUACUCUAUCAGCAAUCCUG